UAUUGCGAGUGUUUCUUUACAUGCUGUAAGCGACUUUGUCUACGAGGACAGAUUGUAAAGAGGCAUUUUUCGAUUAGAUUUCGUAAAUUCAGACAAAUAAUGUCAAGUUACGGAGCUCGACCAGCUGGGACAGAUGGUAGUGACCAUUGGCACAGGGAAAGUGUGGCAUGGCAGUACAAAAUUAGCUCAAUCAACAAAAGUAGAUUGAAGUCCUCACUUGUGCUACAGAUACUUCUUGGCCUUGUUGUAAUUGUGCGCCUUCUUCCGGGUCUAACUGCUCUGAUAGGAUUGCCAAUUUACAGAAGACUCCAGCACUGGGAUUUUCCAGCUCCGAAAGCAUGGGAGUAUGCAUGGAUUGUGAGCCUUCUAGCAGCUGUGUUUGGUUUAAAAUCAUUGCCUAGAAAUGAUUCACUGGUCUUGAAACAGUUUUUAAUUGGCACAGUAGUUUUUGGCAUUUUGCCAGUACUGUAUGGAGUAAUUGAACUUUUUGACGAUUUAGUUCUGUAUUAUAAUGAAAGAAAAUUUAGUACUCAAAUCGUUGGAUAUCCGGCUGUUCUUGUGUGGUAUUUUGGUCUCAUACUCUGCUUGCAAAUUCACAUCUUCUCUUUGUACUUUGGAGUGAAUUUAUUGAAAGCAUGGAAGCCAAGAGCCAAAAAAUUUAAGUGAAAAGUGGCAGUGUAGGGAUAUAUUAAUUAACAUUUACCAAAUUGUGCCGAUUGAUGCAUUUGAUGCUAUAAAAGAGAGGAUAAGAAGUAUACCCAUUGGAAUAAUCAUAUCAAGCUUUUUGACCUCAGUUGUUGACCUCUACCUUAUUUAGUGUUUAGUUAAGUUUCCAUUCCAUUUGCUUAACUGUGUUUCAGUUGAACAUUAUUUGAAUGACAGAAGUAUAAAAAAGAAAAGUAAAUAGUCUUUAACACUAAGUGCAAUCACAGUUAAUGCAUAUUUAAAAUAAAGUUGUGUUGGAAAAUGGUAAAGUGUAUGAUGAAAGAAUUAACUAUUCCUUGAUAUUGAAGAUAACAUUUGAGACAUAGGAAUUAAGAACAGUUCUCAUCAAUGGAAUGAAAAGAGGACAAAACUGGUGAAAAGUUUAAAUGUUUACAGGUAUUAAAUGAACACAAGUUACACUCUAAAUAAAGCGACUUGGGCAUUAUUUUUAUGUGUCAUAUCUUCUAUUUGUGCAAUAUACAAGUGGCCAUGGAAGUGUUCAUUUAAGGUUCAUCGGGUUUUGUCUAGUUGUGAUUUGAAUGAUCAGGCUUGAAUACUGUAUCUGAUGAUGUGUCUGUAAUAUAUACUGCUGAUAAUAUUAACCUUAAUUUAACCCUUAACCUGCUGAAUUUGUGUAAUGGAAUGACCCUGCUUUGAAUUGGAACAGUCCCAUUCAAAAUUUUAAGGUAUUUCAACAUUAGUGGACUGUGGACAAAAAAAGUGUUUCCGACAGUAUAGAGGCAGGUCAGACUGCACAAAGUAACAGGUUGGCCUGGCUCUAUACUUGUAACAAAGGCUAAUCACUGAAUCAUUCAUGCUAAGGGAUAUUAAAAUUAAUUUGUCCAAUGUUGGUUUUUUAUGUUAUUAUUUUUUUAAUAUUAUUUCUUACAGAAGUUAUAAUACAAUAUUUAUGAUACAUGUAUACAGGCUUUGUUAAAAUGAUCUUGUAUAAUCAAUCAAUCAAUCAAUCAAUCAAUUAACUGUUAUUAGAUAUCAUAUUAUUAAAGUCUAAUGCAGCAGUAAGUUUUUGGUUAUUUUGACCUCAAUGACUAGUUUUUCAAUAUUUUAUUACAAAUUUUGAAAGUUACCAUGUUAAGAUUUCCUUUGACCACUGCCCUGAAAGAUAUAUUUAGUUUUGAUUUGUGUUAAAAUGCAAAUAAAUUUUAUUAUUUAUUUAGUGAUGUAUCAAAUUGUCACAAGUACUGUACUUUUUUUACUUUGAUGAAAGGAAUGAAGUUUCUGUAUUAUUCCAACGGUUGAGGGAUUGUUUUUUUUAUACUUGUUAUUGUGUUUAAAUUUCCUUUAAAUAUGUAAUCAUUGUUAAAUAAGAUGCAACUUUUUAUAAUUAUCAUUAUAGUGUUUGUCUUGUGUAAGAAAUCCUGUUUCAUCCGAAAAAAAGUGCAUAUCAGGGGUUCCAUUAGUUGAAGUUUGGGAGUCAUUUACUUCUGACUUCAAAAAUGUAAUGAUUUUCCUUAAUUAUGUCUCCCCCACCUCGGGGGGAGACAUAUUGUUUUUGCCCUGUCCGUCCGUCAGUCCGUCCGUCCGUCAGUCCGUCCGUCAGUCCGUCCGUCCGUCCGUCCGUCAGUCCGUCCGUCCGUCCAUUCUUCGUUUCCGGACGAUAACUAGAGUUCCUUUUGACCUACAGCUCUCAAACUUCAUAGGAUGAAUGGUCUUAUUGAGCAGAUGAUCCCUAUUGUUUUUGGGGUCAGUAGUUCAAAGGUCAAGGUCACAGUGACCGUUGGUCAAUUUCUCGUUUCCGGAUGAUAACUAGAGUUCCUUUUGACCUACAGCCCUCAAACUUCAUAGGAUGAUUGGUCUUAUAGAGCUGAUGAUCCCUAUUGUUUUUGGGGUCAGUAGGUCAAAGGUCAAGGUCACACUGACCGUUGGUCAAUUUCUCGUUUCCGGAUGAUAACUAGAGUUCCUUUAGACCUACAGACCUCAAACUUCAUAGGAUGAUUGGUCUUAUUGAGCAGAUGAUCCCUAUUGUUUUUGGGGUCAGUAGUUCAAAGGUCAAGGUCACAGUGACCGUUGGUCAAUUUCUCGUUUCCGGAUGAUAACUAGAGUUCCUUUUGACCUACAGCCCUCAAACUUCAUAGGAUGAUUGGUCUUAUAGAGCAGAUGAUCCCUAUUGUUUUUGGGGUCAGUAGGUCAAAGGUCAAGGUCACAGUGACCGUUGGUCAAUUUCUCGUUUCCGGAUGAUAACUAGAGUUCCUUUUGACCUACAGCCCUCAAACUUCAUAGGAUGAUUGGUCUUAUAGAGCAGAUGAUCCCUAUUGUUUUUGGGGUCAGUAGGUCAAAGGUCAAGGUCACAGUGACCGUUGGUCAAUUUCUCAUUUCCGGAUGAUAACUAGAGUUCCUUUUGACCUACAACCCUCAAACUUCAUAGGAUGAUUGGUCUUAUUAAUCAAAUGAUCCCUCUUGUUUAUGGGGUCAGUAGGUCAAAGGUUAAGGUCACAGUGACCAUUGGUCAUUUUCUCAUUUCCGGAUGAUAACUAGAGUUCUUAUCAGUGAGGACAUUUAACUAUUAUUGAUAUAUCAGUGAUAUAUCAGUUGUCUGGUUUUAUAUACUCUGUUCUUUUAUCUCCAUUUCCAUUCCUGUUUCCAUUCACAGUUAUUCUCAGCAGUGGGGGAGACAUGCGCUUUUUUACAAAAGCAUCCUCUAGUUACCUAUAUAAUGUGACUUCCAAUGUCAGACAUUUUCAGAAUCUGACUUCCGAAUUUUGAAACUAUAUGGAACCCCUGGCAUAUUCUGCUCAAAUGAAUGGCUCUUUGGUGAAAGAAAUGCUUGUUUUUUGUGUUUAUAAAACAAUGAAUCAUGUUUUGUUAAUGUUUGAUUUUAAAUGUAAUCAUGCAAACAUAAUUUAAAGUUUGAAGGAGUUUCAAAGGUUUAACAGUUUUCAUCUUGACACCAUGUAGAGAUUUUUAAAGACAUAUUUUUCAAUGUUAAUUAAUUAUUUGCAUAAAAAUUGGGUCAAUUAUUUAUUUUUGAUUGCAGAGUGACAAAUCUAAAACUUUAUUGAUAAGCAAAAUCAUCCUAUGUUCAAAAGAUUGUUUGUGAAAUACUGACUUUUGUCUUUUCUUUUAAUGAAAGUAUUCCUGGUUUCAAUAUUUUAACUGCAGUGAUCUCCCUUUAACCUUGAAUACAACCUUUUUCUUGGUUGAAUAGUGAAUAUAGGAGAAAACAUGUAUUGUUUUGUAAAGGAAACCUCAUUUUUUUCUUUGAAUAUGUUAGGGAUGUUAUUGUGAAUGCACUUAUUUUAUAAAAAAAAAAACAACAGUUUGUAGCACUUCCAUUUACAACCGUUAUUAUCCAUGGCCAUUUUUAUAGACCACAUCCCCUUAUACAAUGUACAAGUUUUAAGAAAUUUUUUCUGUCUUUGUGUUUUUUUUCUUCAAAAUUUUAUUGUUGAUGUUUUUUAUAUAUAUAUUUUCAAGUGGAAAUAGUUAAGUGAAAUAGUGGUGCACUAAAAAAUACAUUUUGGCGAUGAUUUUGCUUUUAAUUUCUUGUUUUCAAGUGUUUAUUUAUCUGUUGUGAAAUUGAAUCCUUAAAAUGCAAUAAUGUGUGACUCUGUAUUUGUUAAAUUUUCUCUAAGCUGUGACAUCUCCAAAUAAAGAUUUUAUCAAGUU